UGGCACUUCAGUGAAGUUCGUACAGUUGUAUUGUCUGUCAAGAGAGUGUGGACGUACUGACGGUGCACUUUGUUAUUUAGUUUCUUUGUUAAUGCUUUCACAUCCUGGUAGCUUCAUUUUAAACAUUCGUUCCUAGAAAAAGAUAAACUAAUUUACUGAAAUGCCUCAAUACAAGGUACGAGUUAAAUGGCAAAAUGAGCUGUUUCCGGAUGUCGAGGUUAAUACUGAGGAGGAGCCUAUGUUGUUCAAGGCUCAGUUGUAUGCCCUCACAGGUGUCCAGCCCCAGAGGCAGAAGGUCAUAAUCAAAGGCACGACUUUGAAGGACGAUAAUUGGAAUAUUAAUUUAAGAGAUGGGGCCAUGGUACUAAUGAUGGGUUCCAAAGAAGAAGAUGUUCCUCAGGAGCCUGUAGAGAAACCAGUGUUUAUAGAAGAUAUGAGUGAGCAAGAAUUGAACACUGCGCUGGACUUACCAGUUGGCUUGAAAAAUCUCGGCAACACGUGUUACUUAAAUGCCACAGUUCAGUGCUUGAAAACUGUACCUGAAUUACGUGAGGCUUUAAAGAGUUUUAAUGGAGGACUGAUCAUGCCUGAGAGUAGUAUGCAGUUCCAGGCAUCCCAUUGCGUCACAGCUGCUUUAAGAGAUUUGUACGAGGGAAUGGACAAGGGCUCUACUCUCCCACCAGUUAUUCUGGUUCAGAUGAUGCAUUGUGCUUUCCCAAGAUUUUCUGAGAAAACCAAGAUGGGCGAUUUUCAGCAGCAAGAUGCUAACGAAUGCUGGACAGAACUCGUACGAAUGUUGCAACAAAAGUUGCCACCAAAGGAAAAUUCUGUUGAGUCGGGAGAAGCUUCUUACAAGGCCAAAUCAAUAAUUGAUCAAUAUUUUGGUGGUACUUUUGAUACAGAACUAAAAUGUAUUGAAACAGAAGAUGAGCCACCAACACAGGGAAAAGAAGAAUUCUUGCAACUCAGUUGUUUCAUUUCAACUGAAGUAAAAUACAUGUUCAAGGGUCUUGAAGAUAAAUUGCAGGAACAAAUCACACGAAAGUCGCCAGUUUUACAGAGAGAUGCCCUGUACACGAAAACAGCAAAAAUUAGUCGAUUGCCAGCAUACUUGACAAUUCAAUUUGUUCGUUUUUUUUACAAAGGAAAGGAUCAAGUAAAUGCAAAAAUUUUGAAAGACGUAAAGUUUGAAUUGAACUUUGAUGCGUUUAAUUUGUGCACAAAGGAAUUACAAAGUAAGCUUACGCCGAUGCGUGAAAAGUUUCUAAAGUUGGAAGAAGCUCAGCUAAAACAAAUUAGGUCCAAGAAAAAGAUGGAGAAAAAGGAAGAGGAAGAAAAAAAAGAAACCAAGAAAGAGCCAUUUUGGUUCCCAGACGAUCUUGGCUCAAAUAACAGUGGCUACUACGAGCUACAAGCGGUGUUGACGCAUCAAGGCCGCACAAGCAGCAGCGGUCACUACGUGGGUUGGGUUCGCCAGAAGGGAGACACUUGGCUAAAGUGUGACGACGAGAACGUCAGCGUGGUGACAAGUGAAGAUGUGCUAAAACUAAGCGGUGGCGGUGAUUGGCACUGCGCUUACGUUUUACUUUACGGUCCGCGAAUAUACGAAACUCCCAUUGAGGAGCAGGAGAAAGUUGCCGCGGAAUCCGUAACUACCUCAGAGCCCAUGAGCACCGAGGAGACCUCAUUUCAAAACUAGCUUGAUUGAUCAAGUGAGAAGCAUCGUUUGCAACGAUUGAGCUCGUAUGUGGAGGUGAAAAAAGUCAUGGAUUGUGCUUUCAAGCCCGUACUACCUUUAUUUUGGGUUAACGCUUACCAGCUUGGAACACAUAAACAUCGUUUUUCAUGCAUACUAUGAUGUUUCCUCCCCAGUUAUGACAAACAUUAUUUGCAGCUUGUCCGGAAUUCCCUUCUUUUUUUUCAAUAUCAACUAAGAACACUUGUUUAAAAGGACAAUGCUAGAUUUAUUUUUCAUAAUGGUUUGUGAUUGCGUGAAAUGUAUCUCAUGUAUUCAUUCAGAAAAAUCAUUAUGAUAUAAUCAAUAUCAUGUUUUAUACCAGACUCAAUUUCUAGAAGUGAAAGCAU